CCCGCCGCCCGCCCCCCGGGCCCCGCGCUCCGGGCCCCGCGCCGCGCCAUGGCCGGGUACGGCACGGAGGAGCGCGGCCGGCCCGGCGAGCCCGGCUACCGCCUCUUCUUCAAGGACGCUGCCGGCCAGUACGUCUCCCCCUUCCACGAUAUCCCUCUGAAGGUGGACUCCACAGAGAAUUUGUUUAAUAUGGUUGUCGAAGUGCCUCGCUGGACAAAUGCGAAGAUGGAGAUUGCCACGGAGGAGCCGUUGAACCCCAUUAAACAGGAUUUGAAGGAUGGCAAGCCGCGCUUCGUGGCGAAUAUCUUUCCUCACAAGGGUUAUAUAUGGAAUUACGGCGCCCUCCCUCAGACUUGGGAAGAUCCCCAUCGGAAAGAGAAGAGCACGGACUGCUGUGGAGACAAUGAUCCUAUUGAUGUUUGUGAAAUAGGCUCAAAGGUUCUUUCUCGUGGAGAGGUUAUUCGUGUGAAGAUCCUUGGAAUUUUGGCUCUUAUUGAUCAGAGUGAAACAGAUUGGAAAUUAAUUGCUAUCAAUGUGAAUGAUCCUGAAGCCUCAAAGUUUCAUGAUAUUGACGAUGUUAAGAAGUACAAACCAGGUUACUUGGAAGCUACGCUUAAUUGGUUUCGAUUUUAUAAGGUGCCAGAAGGAAAACCAGAAAACCGCUUUGCUUUCAAUGGAGAAUUCAAAGACAAGGCGUUUGCUCUUGGAGUUAUUAAGUCUACUCAUGAGUGUUGGAGAGCGUUGCUCAUGAAGAAGUGUGAUGGAGGGGCUAUCAACUGCACGAACGUGCAGCUCUGUGACAGCCCUUUCCGCUGCACCCAAGAGGAGGCAAGGUCGUUAGUGGAAUCGAUGUCGUCUUCAGUGAACAAGGACGGAGAGGAGGACGGUAGAGCAAAUGUGGCACUUCCUGGACAAGUGAUGGGCCGUGUGCAGUCUGCCAUCUGGAUGCCAGGCUAGGGGCUCUGGACUCUGCUCCCCAGUGCUGCACACGGGCAGCCUGCUCCAUGAGAAUCUGCUGACUUCCUGUCGAACCUUCAUUUCGUCCCAAACUAUUUGAGAUAUGCAAUGUAUAAAUAAACACUGAAACCUCUGAA